AUGAGCGAGCCACACAUCAAAAGGGAGGACUCGCCCGGUGCGGAAGCACGGAGGGAGGACUUGCUUCAAUACGGACACAGUCUACAGCCAGACGACGAUAGGUACCCGAACCGGCCGCAUAACCACUCGGCCACACUGCUCUUUUCGGAGCUUUUCCGCAGCUUUUUCAACCCUUUGAGUGAGGUCAAAGCGCAGCCCGCCGUUCUUGGGCCGGCGCGAUUGAAGGCAGGCUUUGGGCCUGGCUCAUCACGACUUUCGCCCCAUGAGCAGCGACGGGCCAUCAUCCAGCGAUUUAUAUCACGAUGGCGGACAGAGGUGGGGAAUGACUUUUAUCCUGCGCUGCGACUCAUCCUACCGGACAAGGAUCGUGAUCGCAGUGUGUACGGGCUAAAAGAAAACACCAUUGGCAAGCUCCUGGUGAAGCUUAUGAAAAUCGACAAAAAUUCUGAAGACGGUUUCAACCUAAUCCAUUGGAAGCUCCCCGGGCAGAGUGUAAUCAGCCGCAUGGCCGGUGACUUUGCGGGGCGCUGCUACGAAGUUCUUGCCAAGCGCCCGUUACUGACAGAAGUGGGCGACCUACGCAUCGGCCAGGUGAAUGCGCUUUUAGACAAACUGGCAGAUGCUAGUGGCGAAUCAGAGCAAUUGCCUAUAUUCGAAACAUUCUACGAGCACAUGAACCCCGAGGAAUUGACUUGGCUCAUUCGCAUCAUUCUCAAGCAGAUGAAGAUCGGUGCGAGCGAGAGGACAAUACUUAACCUGUGGCACCCUGACGGCGAGGCUCUGUUUAAUGUGUCUUCCAGCUUACGCCGGGUUUGCUGGGAGCUCUACGACCCGCAAGUUCGAUUAGAGCAGGACAGCUCCAGGGUCUCACUCAUGCAAUGCUUUCAACCGCAGCUAGCCCAAUUUCAGAUCUCCACUUCUUUCCAAAAAUUGGUGGAGAAGCUAGGUCCUACUCAAGACGAUAGCGAAUUCUGGAUUGAGGAGAAGCUCGACGGAGAGCGUAUGCAAAUGCACAUGGCCAAAGAUAACAGCAUGCCUGGUGGUUGGAGGUUCUGCUUUUGGUCACGAAAAGCAAAAGACUAUACCGAUCUUUAUGGUGAUAGUCUAAACAACAACAAAUCCGCCCUUACACAGCACCUUAAAGGCGCUUUUGCAGAUGGCGUGCACAACUUGAUUUUGGACGGCGAGAUGAUCACAUGGGAUCCUCUAAUUGACAAGAUUGUCGCUUUCGGUACAUUAAAAACAGCAGCAAUCGGGGCCCAGAGCAACCCGCAUGAUAUCACAGCACCGCGGCCACUUUUUCGAGUAUUUGAUAUUCUUUACCUAAACGACCAACCUCUGGCGCGAUACACACUUUACGAUCGGCACCGGGCAUUAGAGAGAGCUGUCGUAGGUGUGCCUCGACGGCUUGAAGUGCACCCUUACGAGAAAGCCACGUCGCCGGAUGUGAUUGAGCCUAUGCUGCGGCAGAUUGUGGCCAACUCCUCUGAAGGUUUGGUUUUGAAAAAUCCCUGCUCAAUGUAUCGGCUGAAUAGCCGCAACGAUGACUGGAUCAAAGUCAAACCAGAAUAUAUGACCGAGUUUGGCGAGUCACUGGAUUGCCUCGUUGUCGGCGGCUAUUUCGGGUCGGGACAUCGGGGUGGUACUCUCUCGAGUUUUUUAUGCGGUCUUCGUGUUGGUCAAAACCAUAUCGAUGCCGGCGCCAGCUCGGAGAAAUGUCUUAGCUUUUUCAAGGUCGGCGGUGGGUUCAAGGCAGAAGACUAUGCAGAGAUACGUCACUUGACAGAAAAUAAAUGGGUUGAUUGGGAUAGCUCCAAUCCACCGUCCGAAUUCAUUGAGCUUGCCGGCGGAGAGCGGGCACAGCUAGAGAAACCGGACGUUUGGAUCAGGCCCAAGGACUCCAUCGUUAUCUCGGUUAAGGCAGCGAGCAUUUCGCCUUCGGAUUCGUUUGCGGUGAGAGAGACACUACGGUUUCCACGUUUCCGCCGAUUACGCCUUGACCGGUCGUGGAAUACCGCUCUUGACACGGAGCAAUUCCAAGCUCUCCGGGACCGCAUCAAUGAAGAAGCCAAAGACCGAAAGGAGAUGCAGAUAGAAGACAGACGCCAGCGGCGUCCCACAAAAAAGGCCAAGCUAGGCUUGGUUAUUGUUGGCCAAGGCCGUGGAGAUAAAAAGGACAGUGAAGACAGCGGCGCCUUAUUUGAACCGGCACAAUUUCCCGACGAGCAGCCUCCAGGCAACGUCUUCAAAGGCUUCACAUUUUGUGUUUUGUCCGAAGCCGUACAUCCUACCAAAAAGAGCCGCGGUGAAAUUGAAGCUCUCAUAAAACGGCAUGGUGGACGCAUAUCUCAACGGCCAGAUGCCACCGCUAAUACGGUCAUCAUAGCCGACAGGAAGGUCAUUAAAGUUGCGUCUCUGAUCAAAGCUGCACAAGUUGAUAUCAUCCGACCAGUGUGGCUUAUAGACUGCCUUUCGCAAAAGGGUGGGGAUUUCCUUCUUCCUUUUGAACAUCGUCAUCUCUUGCAUGCUACGGAAGAAACAAGAAGAGAAGCUGCUUUGGCUACAGACGAAUUUGGCGACAGUUUCGCACGCGAUGUGACUGUUGGCGGACUUCAAGAAAUUUUAGGCGGGAUGCAGCCAGCGAGAAGGGGAGACUAUGAUGACUCUUUUGAUGUACGUGUGUUUCUCGAUCAGUUGGGUGAACGCGGCCACGACUUAGGGUCCCCAAGGAGCCUCAUGUUUCGGCGGUGCCAUGUACACUUUGCAGUUGUGGGCACUACAUCGUCGACAUUUCUUAUACAUCUCAAGGCCCGUAUCAGAUUUGGGGGUGGCCUCGUGGAAGACAACAUCGACAAGGACACUACGACACAUGUUGUCAUCGUCAAAACGGCAGGCACAUAUGGAGCUGAAGAUACGGCCCGAAACUAUGUGAUGGAUAUCCGCCAGCGGCUGAGUAGCCGAACGAAACAGCCACGGAUCGUUGAGACGUCAUGGCUUGACGACUCGUGGAAAGCAGGCACUCUUCUCGACGAAGAGCAGUACGUGUUCAGGUGUAGCAGAAUGCCAUUGUAA